UGCUUAGUUUACCAGAGGAGACUGGAAGCAGACCAGGUCACAGUGGGAGAACUUUCCCCGCACUAGAAAACAUAUCUGGCAGAUUUCUGGGACAUUUUCAUUUACAUUUCUGCUGCAUCUUUGUCUCCACUUGGCCUUCCAUCAGGGACGAUGAUGGCUCGGGGAUUUUACAUAUUGGCUUUGCUGGCUUUUGGACAGGCUCUAGAAAUGUCUACUCAUGUUGGUACUUCACCGGAAAAACUGACCAAAGCCUCUGAUUCAAAUAAUGGAUCACAUAGUACUAUGAUCCCGCCUACAACAGCUUUCACACGGACUUCUACAGCUAUGCCUAUAACCAUCACUAAAACUGUUUCUCCUCCAAACACCACAAUCAUUUUAACAACCAGCCCCACCCCCGCUGCUGCCACCCAGACGAGUACCACUACCCUACUGACUAGCACCAUGCCUGAAACUACUGCUCCAAUGACCACUUCAUCUGCAACCCCUUCCAUUGCUACAAGUGGUACGACCUCCUCUAAGCCGAUAACUACAUCCCCUCCGCCAAACAAGACUUCAUCUGCAACCCCUUCCAUUGCUACAGGUGUUACGACCUCCUCUAUGCCGAUGACUACAUCCUCUUCCCCAACCAAUGCUUCGUCUGCACCCCCUCCCAAUAUAACCUCCUCUACACCAUUUCCUCCUACAAACUCUACAGCCAAGUCUACCACCCCAGACAGUGGAGGGUCAGGCGUCAGAGCUUCUCUGCUGUUUUCUGUCAUGCCAGUGUUGCUCUACACUCUACUGCCACCGAGCAGUAACUGGUAAAUUUUAACUUUUUGAAAUUGUGUCUUCGGGUGAAUGUUGAAUAAUAGUGAAUGAAGGUGCACUCUAAAGAUGGAACAGAUUUAAGUUAAAUUUAAUGUGCACAUUAAUAAACUUCAGGUAUUUGGAGGUCAAUAUAAAAAGUAAUUCGAGCAGCACAUACUUGGAAUACUAUACCCACAGAACUAAUGAACAUCACAUCUCUGAAAUCCUUUUCUAAAUCUAUAAAACAAUUGCUAUUAAACAAUCAGACAUGCUGCCAUAA